AUACAUGUCCGGUCAAUUACUCCAAAUAAAGUCACCAACUGAUCAACCGCUGCAUUCGCAUAAAACCUCAAAUCCCCAACAUCGCCGUGUCUUAUCAUCAUAUCAAGCAAACAUCCACCGCCAUGAAGAAGCUCUGCCGCAAGGCCGUCGUUCAUCCAUCUCCACCGGUCAUCUCGGACCACCUGGCUUUCCUGCCAGCCGCCAUCUUGACUCUAGCGGCGGCGCUCUCGCCGGAAGACAAGGAAGUCCUGGCCUACCUCAUCUCUUGUCCUUCCGGCAGCCGGAGAAACACCCACAAGACUGGUGCUGGCGGCGGCCCCGGAAAAACUGGAGACCAUGCGCCGUCCUUCAACUGCUACUGCUUCAGGUGUUACACGAGUUACUGGGUGAGGUGGGACUCGUCGCCGAAUCGCCAUCGAAUUCACGAAAUCAUUGACGCUUUCGAAGAUGGGUUGGCUCAAGGGAAGAAAGACAAGAACAAGAGGGAUAGGAGGAAGAGAGCGCCGAAGAGCUCGGAUCGUGAGCUGAAUCAGCCCGAGCUGAUUGCUAAACAGGUCGAGGUCGCCGAGCCGGAAUCGGUGGAGGAGACCAGCGCCGGCGAUGGCGGAGAGGGGCGAGACUGUGGCGGCGAUGAGGGAGAAGAAGGGUUUGAAAAGGGCACAGUGAGGAAGUUUGUGGCUUUUCUUGGGGAGAGGAUUUGGCGGGUUUGGAAUUGAGGAGUUUCAAUGAAAAACAAAAAGAAUGAAGAGCUAUCAAUCCUUUCUCCCUCCUCCUUGGAGUUGGAUGUUACCCUUUCCAGUGUAAAAGGCGGGUAGCUAGUUUUGAUUGAUCAGAGUUAGUUUACUCCCCUAUAGAUGCCAAAUCUUUAUGGGAAAUGGCUGUUACCCUUACAUAUAUGCUGUGAAUAUGUAUAUAACAACUUCAACAAGAUGGAAUGAGUUGGAGAUAUGUUGAAGCUUCAAA